AUCCAACAAGACAGCAGUCAGAAAAAAUUCUUGUAAAUUCUUAUUGGAAUAACAUAAUCUCAAAAAUUGUCAUGGAAGGAAUUUUAUGGAAAUGGACUAAUUAUUGGAAUGGUUGGCAAACAAGGUGGUUUAUCUUAGAAAAUGGUAUUCUUUCAUAUUACAAAUCUCAGGAAGAAGUAAAUCAAGGCUGCAAAGGAUCUGUGAAAGUAUCAGUAUGCCAAAUAAACGUGAAUAACAUUGACAAUACAAGGUUGGAUCUUGUUAUACCUGGUCAGCAACACAUGUACCUGAGAGCUCCAUCACCUCAAGACAGGCAAAAGUGGCUGGUGGCACUAGGUAGUGCAAAAGCAUGUGUUGACUCUAAGGCAGAACCUACAGUUACAGCAUUUGAUGAAACAAACUCUCUGAGCCACAAGAAGUCUGAGCUACGUUUGUACUGUGAUUUGAUGAUGCAGCAAGUGCACGCUGUCAAAAGUGCAGUCAAUACUGAAGGAGGUCCUGAAUUACAGAAAAUUGAUGAUGCGUCUAGUCUUCUAACAGCAACCUGCGAUACAUUUAUUAGAACACUAGAAGAUAUCAUGAGGCUAUCUAGCGGUACUACUGGUAAUUCUCCAUUUGAAAUGCCUAUUUCUAAUAUAGUACCACCCAAACCAAACAGUUUGAACAAAUCACAACUGAACAAUAAAACUUCAAAACAGAGUCUUAGUAGAUCUCUAUCUCAGGAAAAUAGAUGAAAAACUGGAACAAUUUAUCAUAAUGCUUAAAAAAAACACUUGUAAAAAUUAUCAGAAACAGAAAAUUUAGUGUUAGUUACUUUUGUAUAAAAAAUAUAUUUUUGAAAUAUUGUGGGGUCAUUUAAAAACAUUGGGCAUUAGGAGUCAAAUAACUGUUUUUUUAUUGUUCAUAAAAAAAUAAUGGAAUUUAUUGUUCCACAAUAAACUUGAUAAGUAAUGGCAACUGUAUUUAACUGUAAAAAUGGCCUUGAGUAAUAUUAUCUCAUUAUAAAAAUAGCAGCUUGUAUGUAUUUAAAUUACUAUGUGUAACACUAAAAAUGAAUUAAUUGUUGAUAACAUUAAUUUAUGCUACGAAAAUGCGUUGUGUAAUAAAAAAUAUCAGUGUAAAAUGUAGAUAUUUUUGGAUAGAAAUAUGUAAAUUGUUUAUUCUACUAGUACUUAGACACAUAAUAAUAAUUAAUACUAAUUCUGUGUACACAAAAGCAUAGAUGCUAUAAGCACAUGACAAAAUUAUUUAUUCUACAGUACAUUCUUAUUCAUGUAGGUAUUUAAUUUAUUGAUUUUUUUAAACUGAGUUAUGAAUUCUCUUGUCCUAUUGAUUAUGUAAUGCACAAUUUUGUAUUGAGUCCUUAUCUUUGUGUUUAUGUAACGGAAUGAGGAAGAAAAGCCACUUCGUAUACACCCUUAUAAAGAGAAAAAAAGCGACAUACUUUCACGGUGACAAAAGUCACCCGUGUCCGCGCGCCUGAAGUCUUUUUAUGGGGUUUGGGCUCCAUGCAUUAGUCUCUUGUGAUGUGUAAAUUUUAAUGAGUGGUUGGG